AUGCUGCUACUCCUGCCAGCGGCGGCCACCGCUACCGGCCGCUCAGACGAGCCGGCUCCAGUGCUCUACUUCCCUGCCGCCUUCACUGCCGCCGAGUGCAGCAGCAUCGCGCGCAUCUUCACCGAGGGCGCCUCUCUCGAGGUCGACGAGCGCAGCAUACCCAACCUGCCGAGGAUGGCGGACGACUACGGCGUCGCACGGCUCAACCGCUUCGACGAGGGCGGCAGGCUGCAGGCGGCCGGCGCGCUCGACUGGGUGUACGAGCGGGUCGCGGCGCACCUGUCGCCGGCGAUGGCGACGCGAGUGCUGGGCGGGCACGGGGGUGGGGGCGAGCGGUCGAGCACGGCGCAGAGGCUCGGCUCGCUGGUCGAGUUUAGUCUGAUGCACGAGUUUGACGAGAGGCACUCGCGCUUCGACUGGCACGUCGACACGAAGCCGCGCGACGGCACUCGCCGCACCUUCAACGUCAACGUGAUGCUCUCUGCCGGCGGAGACUACUCUGGCGGCGAGCUGCGGCUCGGCGCGCAGACCUUUCCUAGACCUUUCCAAGACCGUUCCUGGAACCUUCCUGCAACAGGCGAGCUGCGGCUCGGCGCGCAGACGCUCCGCCCGCAGCAGGGCGACCUCUACCUCUACGCGGCGUCGCUGCCGCACGCGGUGGCGCGGGUGUCGGGCGGGAGGAGACGCACGCUCGUCGUCGCGCUGCGGCAGGGGCGGGGCGAGGAGGCGGCGGCGGCGGCGGAGGCGGGAGUGGCGGCGGCGGAGGCGGAAGUGGCGGCGGCGGGGGCGGAAGUGGCGGCCAGGCCGGACGCGCCCCUCGAGCGAGCCGCGUACUGGGCGGAGACUGCGGAGGCGUAUGCGGCGCUCCUCUCGCCCGGGGGAGGGCUCGCGACGGAGCCAAAGGUGCACCUCCUGCACGGCGAGUUCCUCGAGGCGCUCGGCGCACCCGACGCGGCUCGCGGCGCGUUUUGCUCCUCGUACCGCGCGUCGGGCGAGGCGCACGCCUACGCCGAGGCCUUCAUGGCGGACGGCGUGGCGGCGCUCUCGGACGCGGCGCAGCCGUCGCCGCUGCAGCGGCACGAGCUUGCGCUGUCGUACCUCGGCAUGGCGCACUGCAUCGCGCCCGCCACGCCCGAGCUGGAGGAGGGGCUCGCCGCGGUGCGGAGGGCGAGGGACGCGCUGCUGCGGGGCGCGGACGGGCCACCCGGCGAGGAGGGCACCGUCAAGCAGGAGCUGUGA